AUGUCACAUAAUAUUACGAAUAAGAGAUCAGCAACUGCCAAAUUGAUUAUUAAAAUGAUUUCAUUUGACAUAGAAAGCAAGCCUUUCUUACCUAGCACGACUAAGGCAUUACCAACUAGACCCGCAAUUCCAAUAAAUGAAAACAGCACGAAGACUGUUCUCGACACACUUAGUUACGGUUUAGUAAAGCCCUUUAUUUCAAUAGGAUUCAAUUUCACAAGAUCUUUUUGUAAGACAAAAAUAUUUCAGUAUAUCAAAGACACACCGCACACACAAAGACAUUUCAAAUCAUUCCUUGGGGCUACAGGAAUAUUUAAUGGUCCCCACUCGAAGCAGUUUUUGACGAGGCGAGGGAGUCAUGAAAAUUUUAUCGCAAUUCUUGGAAUGAAGAAGAUUGUUGAUGUUGUGUUUGAAGCACGGAAUGUAUUGAGCUUGACAAAGCUGAAAGGUUCUGUUCUUAGAGACGGUACUCAAUUUGUUCAAUUGUUAAGAAGAAAAAAAAGCACAAAAAUUGUUAUGGUAGCAAUUCGAAAGAGGGUAAUUGCAAAAGCAGUUGAAGGAAUCAUUUGA